UGGCGUUCGCGCCCCGCCGAAGCUUGUCCCGCGCCGGCCGCCGUCGCGGCCCGCCCGCCAUAUUGUGGCCGGCACAGGCGGAGCGGCGGCGGCGAUGGUGGUGGGGCCUGGAGCGAUCCCGCAGUGAGCAGCUCCCACGGCUCGGGAAUGGCCGGGGGCCGGCGGGGUCCCAACAGAACCUCCUACUGCCGGAACCCGCUGUGCGAGCCCGGAGCUGCCGGCGGCUCCGCGCACUCCUCGGGCUCCUCCGUCACGGGCGUGCGCUCCCGGACCAGGAGUGGCUCAGGUACAGGCCUUUCCAGCCCCCCUUUGGCAGCACAGACAGUGGUCCCCCUGAGGCACUGUAAGAUCCCAGAGCUGCCUGUGGAGAGGAGUGUCCUGUUCGAGCUCCAGCUCUUCUUCUGUCACCUCGUCGCUCUCUUUGUCCACUACAUCAACAUCUACAAGACAGUGUGGUGGUACCCACCCUCCCACCCUCCCUCCCACACAUCACUGAACUUUCACCUUAUUGACUUCAACGUGCUGACGGUGACAACCAUCGUCCUGGCCCGGCGGCUCAUCAGUGCUAUUGUGAAGGAGGCUUCCCAGAGUGGCAAAGUGUCCCUGCCCCGCUCCGUGUUCCUGGUGGUCACUCGGUUUGCCGUCCUCACCGGCACGGGCUGGAGCCUGUGCCGAUCCAUCAUCCACCUCUUCAGAACCUACUCCUUCCUCAACCUCCUGUUCCUGUGCUACCCGUUCGGGAUGUACAUUCCCUUCCUCCAGCUGAACUGUGACCUGCGCAAGGCGGGGCUGUUUGCCCAGGUGGCCAACAUCGGCCCCAGGGACACGGGCGAGGUGGGGGCCCGGGGCAGGGACUACCUGACGGUGCUCAAGGAGACGUGGAAGCAGCACACGCGGCAGAUGUACGGCAUGGAGGCCAUGCCCACCCACGCCUGCUGCCUCUCCCCGGACCUCAUCCGCAACGAGGUGGAGUACCUCAAAAUGGACUUCAACUGGCGCAUGAAGGAGGUGCUGGUGAGCUCCAUGCUCAGUGCCUACUACGUGGCCUUCGUGCCCGUCUGGUUUGUGAAGAACACUCAGUACUACGACAAACGCUGGUCCUGUGAGCUCUUCCUGCUGGUUUCCAUCAGCACCUCCGUGAUCCUGAUGCAGUACCUGCUCCCUGCCCGCUACUGUGACCUGCUCCACAAGGCUGCAGCACACCUGGGCUGCUGGCAGAAGGUGGAUCCAGCCCUCUGCUCCAACGUGCUGCAGCAUCAGUGGACUGAGGAGUGCAUGUGGCCGCAGGGGGUGUUGGUGAAGCACAGCAAGAACGUGUACAAGGCCGUGGGGCACUACAACGUGGCCGUGCCCUCCGACGUCUCGCACUUCAGGUUCCACUUCUUUUUCAGCAAACCACUGAGGAUCCUCAACAUCCUGAUCCUGCUGGAAGGGGCCGUCAUCUUCUACCAGCUUUACUCGCUGAUUUCUUCGGAGAAGUGGCACCAGACCAUCUCCCUGGCUCUGAUCCUCUUCAGCAAUUACUACGCCUUCUUCAAGCUGCUGCGUGACCGUCUGGUGCUGGGCAAAGCCUACUCAUAUGCUGCCAGCAGGGACUCAGAGCAGAAGUUAAAUUAAAACAAUUGCACUGAUGCUGAGCUUGUUACAGAACAAACAAAACAAGAAACCCUCAGAGCUUUGUAUUUUUGUUACCACUGCUUUUUUUUUUUUUUCUUUGAUAACUGAUGUAAUUAAAAGGAAAAAAAAAAAACAUAUUUUUUUACUCCCAACAA